AUGGAAACCUUCCGCUCGCCUCCGAGACGAUUCACAAAUAGGGCGCUGCUAGUGUUUCGAAUUGCACGAAAUUUGUCCGUUAGUUACCCCCAGUACUGCUGCUUGUGCACUCGAAUGUCGGCGGAACUCGUUCGAGACUUCAAGAGUCACAAGAUUGUUCCGGAUGUGAUUCCGGUUCCACCGGUUUCGCUGGUCCAGGUGAUCUACCCCGGCGAACAGAAGGUUAAUCUCGGCAACAUCCUGAUGCCGAAACAGGUCAAGGACAUUCCGGUGGUACAAUGGCCGGUGGAGCCGAAGACCUAUUACACCCUGUGCAUGACGGACCCGGAUGCACCGAGUCGUACUACGCCGAAGUUUCGCGAGUGGCACCACUGGCUGGUGGUUAACAUCCCCGGAAACGAGGUGGAGCAGGGCGACGUGCUGUCCGAGUACAUCGGAGCGGCUCCACCGAAGAAAACCGGACUGCAUCGGUAUGUUUUUCUGGUGUACCAACAAAAUGGGCGGCUCAAUUGCGGAGAAUCGCGACUUUCGAACCGAAGCUCCCAAGGUCGUGGCAAGUUUUCUAUUCAAAAAUUCUCCGAGAAGUAUGAACUUGGAAUUCCAGUAGCUGGGAACUUCUUCCAGGCCCAAUUCGACGACUACGUACCCAAAUUGUACCGUCAGCUGGGACAGUUCCAAAAUGGAUUCUAGAAAGCAAAUUACAUCGUAGUGUUGAUUAGUUAGAAAAAAAUGUUGAAUAGUUUUAAUUAUUAUCAAAUAA